UAAACAUAUGUAUAAUUGUUUGAGGUUAAAAUAAUAUUCGCAAAAUGCUUUCCUCACGUUAUUUGGGCACUCGAUUAAUGGGUAUUUCGGUUUUUUCAAUACUUCAGUCCGCUAAUCAAUUAAAUAUAUUGCUAUUAUGUGGCGACUACUAUGGAUUGUUUCCGAACGUAUACGAGAAGAUGACCGUUUUCUACCGGUACUUUUCACCAAAUGAGACUCUGGACGAUGAACAGUUAAAACACAAGGAAAGAGAUUACUGGGAUUUGUUAUCAGCUGUAGAAUUGCCUAUAUUUAUCUACUGUAUGUGGUUGACUACCAGUUUGCUAUGGUUACCUGUUAGUGUUCCUUUACUUGCAAUCAGCACCUGCAGUAAAUAUAUUGGCCGAAGCUCAGCGAAGUUUGUAAUAAUUCCAUGGAUAAUUGUAACUGCAGUGUGUGGGUUUACGAAUUGUCUUAUGCUGCCAUCUAUGGCUAAGUUUACAACUACUAAAAUCCCGUUAUUUUCCUUACCAAACGCAUCCCGAAUACUAAUGAACAAACCGAUAACAAACUACAUAGACGAUGAUGCAAUUGAUCUCAUCCCGGAAAUAAUAUCAUUUUUCGUAUGUGGACAGUACUGUCUUAUAACACCCAUGAUUAUUAUUGCAAUAAUAUAUGCAAUACACGACUGUAUUUUGAUUUGGAACCGAGAGAGUCCCGAAGUAAAUCCGUGUCUGAUUCCGUCCGAUGAGAACGUUGAACAUCUCAUCGAUGAGUUGGAAUCAUCAACCGUGGAUGAAUCAGUUUUGGAAUUCUUUUACAAUCUUGCACAGGCACCGCAUCGACACAAGAAAAACACUUUGGAUUUUACUCUGGAUGACGAAGCAAGUGAUGAAGACGCGGAUAAAAAUGAAAGCGCACAAGACAAUCAAGGAAUAACUAAUAGUACUAUUAAGAAUCUAAUCAAAAAGGGAAUUCUGCGAACGUCAGCGACGUAUUCGUCUGAACCAGCGGCGAAUCAAGAAGAAAACAGUCGUGGCAUGUCCGAACAGAUAAAUUCUGAAGACUUCCGAUUGUCACUGAAUGUAAGCACAAUUAUAAAUUCUGAUACAAAAAUACGCGAUAAUUAA